AUGCCUUUAUCACUAGUAGACUUGCGGCCGGACAGGCGCCUCUUAGAUCACGAAUUUGAAGGUUAUAAAUUAAAUUUGCAGUCACUUCCACAUUACUGUUUCGAUCUAGCUUCUCCUGUCGACAAGUUAUAUCCAAACGAAGUUCAGUACUCCUUCGUACACGCAAAGCUCUUUGCUCUUCACAAUCAUCUUAUAUUAGACUUCUGGGAUCAUCAAUACAACUAUUAUUAUAUUGACAAUCGACAGCAAGUUUGUAACAUAACGUUUGAUAACAUAAAUAAUACAUUCCAAAGUGCCGUAGUUUAUGAUGUACCAGCUCACGUUGAGAGGAAGUCUGGUCACUUCAAUUUAUGCCUUACAUUCCCAUCUCAAAGUUUAGCUGUGGUUAGUGAUGGUACUGGGUACAUACAUAUUAUUAAGACAGGGCCACGAAAUAGACCAGCAGGUGACAAACAAACAUGGGAAACAUUGUACUCGAACUUAGCUCUUGGAGAGGGCAAAUAUUUUACCCUAGUAGAUGCUCGGACACAAGAAAAUGACAAUGUCGAAAUGUUGCACUGUCUCUUACAGUCUGUAGAGCAGAGCGAAAAUCACUUUGAUUCCGUGUUAACUUGGGUAACUUUUGAAAACGAUGGUGAGACAUGGAGACAGUCUAUUAUGAGGCAGGUCAGAGGAAAGGGUAUCAUUCAUUAUGCAGCUUUAGAAACUAGUUGCACAGCUCUUUAUGUCGCCUCGGACAACAUGUUCAAGUUUACUGUAGAUUCUGAAAAAGAUAUAGUUGAAAGCAAGGUAGAACCCAAAACAAUCAUUUAUACUUGGCUUCAAACCUCCGAUGAUAUUACUAUAACACUUAAACUGCAGAGUAAUUUUGAUAAGAAACUACUCUUUGUAAAUGUUACACCUUCGUUAGUUAAAAUCAGUUAUGCUGGAAAAGUUUUUGUUGACGGAAAGCUUAGUCAUCCUGUGGACAGUGACCUGACAACUUGGAAUAUACAAGACAAUGGUCAAGUAGACAUUCUCAUAACUAAGUCAGAGAGUCAAAUCUGGAAUGAGCUACUGGAGGGUGGGGACAAAGAUGGUGAACAAAUUUUAGAUGCAAGUUUAGUAGAACAGGUGCACAAGAGAUUAGCUCAUUUGUGCUCUGAAACUGAAGUUACAUCUGAUCAAAAUGUGCCAGGACUCAAUACACAAGAGUUGGAAGAAUGUGAUGCUGCAUCAGAGGAGGAUACAGUUUUAGUCCGGAUGGAUAUAACAAACCAUCAGAUAACACACAGGAUCCCAUUGAGUGUGCACCAAUACUUGUUUACUAUUAAACUAGAAACACACGAAGUGCCAGCAUUAGCCCUCAGACAUGAUGUAGAUGCUUGCAUAUGGCAGCCGUACGCACAACUAAUAAACUCUGAGACUUGGCCAGUUAAACAUCAUGGAACUCUCAUGGCCUUUGGAUAUGUGCAAUCAUCAAAACAGAAUAGAAAGUUUGUAACAUGUUCUCCAAGCUUCUCCUACAGUGUGGUCUGCGAAGCCACUCGUCACAUUUUCAUCUACAAGAGUACCAGUAACCAGGACUGCCAGCUCAGGAAAAGAACUGAAGGUGUAAUGAAAAAUAUCAAAGUCGGCCAACAACAUGUCGUUAAUAUUGAUAAAUACGGUGAAGUUUUGGGAAUCCAUGCAACGAAUGACUAUUUAUUUAUAUUAACAGAGACUAAAUUUGUAGUUAUAGGUACUUAAAAAUAAAGUUUAAUGUAAGGUAA